CGUUGCUGCUUAGAUUGAAAUGCAGAACUCAAGCCUCUUUCAGCCGGGCACAUACUUCCUUAAACUCCUUCCUUUUGCACUCUCGCCGCCUCCUCCCGGAGAGAAGCGGAGGCACCUUCGGCCUGGGGCAGCGACAGGCUGGGCCACUGAGGCCGUGCGAAAACUUUCUUUCUGGGAGCUCGGAACUGGGGCCCGGUUGGUGUGCUGCUCGGAGCAAUGGAGCCAGCCUUUGGGGAGGUGAACCAGCUGGGAGGAGUGUUCGUGAACGGGAGACCGCUGCCUAACGCCAUCCGGCUUCGCAUCGUGGAACUGGCCCAACUGGGCAUCAGACCGUGUGACAUCAGCCGCCAGCUACGGGUCUCUCAUGGCUGCGUCAGCAAGAUCCUGGCGCGCUACAACGAGACGGGCUCGAUCUUGCCAGGAGCCAUCGGGGGCAGCAAGCCUCGGGUCACCACCCCCACUGUGGUGAAGCACAUCCGGACCUACAAGCAGAGGGACCCCGGCAUUUUCGCCUGGGAGAUCCGGGACCGCCUACUGGCGGACGGCGUAUGUGACAAAUACAACGUGCCCUCGGUGAGCUCCAUCAGCCGCAUCCUGCGUAACAAGAUCGGCAACUUGGCCCAACAGGGCCAUUACGACUCAUACAAGCAGCACCAGCCGGCUCCGCAGCCAGCGCUGCCCUAUAACCACAUCUACUCCUACCCCAGCCCCAUCACGGCGGCCGCCGCUAAGGUGCCCACGCCGCCCGGGGUGCCCGCCAUCCCUGGCUCGGUGGCCAUGCCGCGCACCUGGCCCUCCUCCCACUCCGUCACCGACAUCCUGGGCAUUCGCUCCAUCACCGACCAAGGGUCCCUCUGCCCCCGGAAAUUCGAGCGGAGGUCUAGUCCCUGCUCAUGUUCCACGGUGCCACACCACUGUUCCUUCCCUUUCUCACCCUUGACCUUGCCGGGCCCUAAGUGUCUCUUCUGCGGCGCACCAAGUGGUCUCCCAGCCGUGAGCAGUUUUGUGUCAGCAUCCACCAUGGCUCCUUAUCCUACCCCGGCCCAAGUGUCACCUUACAUGACCUACAGCGCUGCUCCUUCCGGUUAUGUUGCUGGACAUGGGUGGCAACAUGCCAGUGGCACCCCACUUUCCCCCCACAACUGUGACAUUCCCGCAUCGCUGGCGUUCAAGGGAAUGCAGGCAGCCAGAGAAGGUAGUCACUCUGUCACAGCUUCUGCACUCUGAUUGGAAAUUCCGUCCGCAGCAGCUUCGCCCGGGUCCCCGUCAGCACACCCUUCCCCGCUGCCCUGAUUUCGGAUCUCCCCCCUCUUGCCCUCUCACCCUUCUGCCUGGAGAGCUGGCUUUACAGACUCACCUCCUUUGUGCUGAUGACACCUAAAUAUUUCUUGCCAUAGCUUCUCUCUCACAGAAUACCUGACAUGACGUUAGGAUUCAAAAACAAGAGCAAUAUUAAGGACUGAAUGAGACAUCUGUGCUGCCCACACACUGUUCUCAUGCAGUGAAGAAACCUGCACCCCUCAAAGGGCUUAAGGAACUUUUUAAACGAGUCUUUGGUAAAACCACAUGUGUAUAUUUAUUCUAAAUCAACCAGACCUUAUGAAACGUGCAAUUGUUGAGAUUUUGCAAAAUCAAUAAAAGAAAAUACAUAUAGAAAAAAGUUAUGCUACACCCUCUAAUCAAAUAAGGUGACCAAAUAAACCUUAAUUCAUCCUUAGGAAACCAAUCAAUAAUUGAUUUGUUUGAGUGAUCCUUUGUUUAUUUUUAAGAGGUGACCUAUUUUGUUGGAGAAUAUAUGUAUAACACAAGCAAUAUCUGAGUUUAGCUCCUCCUGGUGUUUUGACUUGGUUCCAAAUAUGACGAUGUUUAUAGUUUCUAUUAGUUUGUAAAUAUGGACUCUGGAUGGUGCAUUUGUGUUUUCAUUCCAUGGGGUAUCCCCUCCCCCCCUCCCGCUAUUUUUUUCUUUCUUUUUGCAAAGGUGACUUUCUGGCAACGUCUUUGUCUCUGUUUGGUGGUGGGCUGCUCAGGCUCCUGGACCUGGACUUUCCAUAAAUGCUGUGUGUGCAGUGAAGGCUUCAGCAUCUCACGAAGGACAUUUUCUUUCUACAGCAGAGGAUCUGAACAACAGAUAAAACAAGCCACUCUCCCAUUCCGUAUCCUAAUCAGACAACAUGCAUUCCAAACACACAAAGACAAGAGGGUGGAAAAUAUCUGAACAAGAAGGCUCUAAAGGAAGUCACUUAGAAACUUAACAUUUAAUGUGAAACUCUGUGCAAAGACACUUAAAAUGAACUUUAUGUUAAGAAAACCACUGUGAAACUAAAUUGUACUGUUAUUGUUGGCUUACCUGUGUGUUCAGCAAUCUCAGCCCAAAAUUACAUUGUAAUUUAAAGAAAAUGGAAAAUUCUGCUCUAAUGAAUGUAAAAAUGGCUUGCUGUGAAGUUUACAUUGUUGUACAGAAGCAUGUUUCACAUGUAGGUAAACUGGUGGUGGUAUUAGAAAUACAAAUGCUAUUUAAUUUUUAAAAUUUCCCUUUAUUCAUUUCUGGAGUUACAGGAUACAGUUUAACUGAUAAAUCUUUCUAGGCCACUUUUAAUGUUAAUAAUAGAGCUGUGGGGUAUAUGUGUGUGUGAGUGUGUAAUUAUGUGUUGCAUUUUAAAACAACUGAUUUUCUUGGGGCAAAAUUCUACAGUUUUUUAUCUUCUGUUUAGAAAGUUUUUCCUGUUUGGCACUAUAGGCUUAAAAAUAAUUUUUUAAAACAUUGGUACAAUUCAUCUAUUGGAAAAUUAAUAUAUUGCGCGUUUUUGGUAUUACUUCUGUGCAAUAACUAAAAGGGCACAUCCCUAGAUAUGGGUGUUAAAGAUGCGUUCCUUAGGUGACUUUGGUUUCUUCCUACCUACCCAGUUCCUUCACAUUAGCUUCAUGGCUUCAUUUAAAUCUCAGAUGGCUAGAUUAGCUGGGUUUUCAAAUCACCAGGCUGUAAACAGUAUGCAGAUUUCUGACACAAAUUAUGUCUGAGGCACUGCUUUCUCCAAGCAGCAGGUAUCUUAUAGAGAGCUUUGAGUUGCAGUUGUUUCUAAAGCACCUGGAAUUCAGAGCUGGAAACAGGAUUAUAACUCCAGGAGAAGAACAAGCAGAAGGAGCAGAUGAACUCUCAGGGCCUUAGUCUCCCUUUGAUCUUGUAAAACUCCUAUGACAUCUGGGGUUCCUAGUCUGGUGAGAAAAUAGACUAUAAACUGAAUGGAACAAAGAUGCCAAUCCAAUAUCUUGGUGGAGACUUUAAAACCAUACCAUACAGGGACUCUCCUGCCGUCCAGAAAGACCGACGUAAGGUACAGAGUUAUUCCUUAUCAGGUGUUUUUAGGUGGCUAGUAGAAGUCUUUAAAAAAGUAUCAGUUGUUUGUAUGGAGACAUAACUAAAUGUUAUUUUCUUUAUCUAAAUUAAGAAAUCUCUUGUUAUUAUGCUAUUUAUAAUUUCUCUGGUUCUUGUGUUUUAAAAAAUCUAAUAUUAAUGAUAUCAAAGUUUUCUUUCUUUCUUUUCCCCCCCUCUAGGUCUUUUCUUAGCAACAGUGAAUUCACAUGAAAUAAAUUUAAAAAGACAAUGGAAA